CUCUUGUUUUCGAGAAUCCUCGCGCUCACGGCACGUCGGCGAGACACGGCGAGGUACCGUAAGAUUCUGAGAGCGAUCUCGCGCGUAAGUUGACAUGUCGCACUCGCGGUAGUUCCGUUCGCGGUAUAUCGUCUUUGUGACAGUGACAGACGCGUGUGCGGCCGUAUCGCGUGGCGUUCGCCGCAUCGUCUCAGCGUCAUCAUCGUCUCCGUCGUCUCCGUCGUCGCCGUCGUCUGGUGGUCAUUGCCAUCGUGAUAAUCGUCGUUAGCGUCAUAGUGAUCGUGGUGAUCGUCGUUAUCGUCAUCAUUCCGUGGUGUUCGUCGUUCGUGUCCCAUGCGAAGCUGUGUAAAUCACACGGAAUCUCCGGACUCCGAGAAGUAAUCUCAACGACGUGCCCGCCGAGAGGAUCGGCGCGAGAAGACACCGUCGACACUCGGAGUGAAAUGAUUGCGCGCCACUGAAAGUUUUUCUAAUCCUUUCCACCGUUAUUUUGCCACUCGCCUGCGGGACGCGAUUAGGGUUAGGUUGCUUCUCGAGUUGAGACUACGCGCCCGAGCUUAUGACACCGGAACUCCGUCGCGCGUGUCCCUCGCGGUGGCCCGCGCUGACAAUGUGAUCCGCGCUGUCGGUAUUCGUGACUUCGUGAUCGGCUAUUAACGUGCGCGCACACGCGAUGGCGAGCAACGAUUUCGACGUGGAGCAGUUCGAGCGGAGACUCCACACGCUGAAAGACUCCCAGGAAUCCAUACAGGGCCUCUCCGCUUGGUGCCUGGACAGGAGGCAACAUCACAAGAAGAUCGUCGCCACUUGGCUACAAGUUUUGAAGAAAGUGAAAGUGGAACAUCGGCUCACGUUGUUCUACUUGGCGAACGAUGUAAUUCAAUAUUCGAAGAGGAAAAAUUUCGAAUUUGUGGAAUCAUGGGGCACUACGCUGCAACGUGCGACACCCAUGGUUCGCGACGAGAAAGUAAAGCAUCGUAUAUUGAGAAUCUUCAAAAUCUGGGAUCAACGGCAAGUCUAUGAUGAGGAAUUCCUUGCUGAUUUAUCUGGUUUGAUCUCGGCAGCACCGAAGAAAAAACUAGAACCUCAACCAACUGCACAGCCCGAAGAAUUUCAGGCAGCUUUGCUUAUCUCCACAAUGAGAUCUUGCGCUACUCUGGAACAAGCGACUGAUGCCAGACUACGCGAUCUACGAGAGAGUAACAUAGAUAUAGAAUCUGCAGAAGAGUUACGUGCAUCAUUAAAGGACAGAAGACGCGUGGAAGAUGCAGAAAAGGAGAUAGAUUUGGUUGCUAGAAAUGUUGAGAAUUAUGUUCGUGCAUUAGAAGCUGAAAUAAGCGAAAGAACACAAGUGGUUGAUUUGUUGGAGCAAGCAGAUCAGUUUUAUGAGACUCAACGAGGGGAAGUUAAAAUAGUGACAAAUGCGUAUAGAAAUUUUGGUAGUCGUGUAAAAAACUUGAAGAAAAAACUAGACGAACUACUACCUACAUUUAUCUCGCCUAUACCAUCGCCGGAUAUAAACGCCCCUUCGCCAAGUCCCGACAGUGAUAUAGAGCUACCAGGAGAUGAAACUCAAUCGGCGAAUAAUCAAUCGGGAAUGAUAGAUGUAGCGCCGCCAUCUAUCUAUGGUUCAUAUUCUCAUGAAUAUGAUCCUAUACCUGUACCUGCACCUGACUUGGUACAAGGCAAUGAAUCGGCGGAUUUUACCAAUAAUUUUCCUUCUUUCAUGGGAGGAAAUGUAGAUUUUGGUAACAUGAGAAAUUUGUUUAAUGAAAGCACCGAGGCAUCUCCUGGAAUGUCUCAACAGUACAAUGAGUCAUUAGAGGUAAUUAUUAUAUUGUAUCUUGCGAGAUUUAAAAUGUUUUACGAGUGUCUUGAUUUUCAGGCAAAACCAAUAGAGGUAAUCAAUAUGAGGCCCUCGAAAAAUGAAAAGAAUAAUGCGGACUUCAAUAUAUCUAGUUUUCUGAAAACGGUGCUUCCAUCUUCUGAUGGAACAUCAGAAUCAGGCGGAAUUCCUGGUUUAGGCUUAGACGUAUCCGAAAGUCAAGUGGAUUCGCCGCAACGUCCGAACUAUAGACACUCGCCUUCGUUAGGACCGCUUCCCGUUACGCCUGUGAUCUCAAGAAUGAUGAAUCAGGGUACACCCUCUCUCGGUGGGGGCAGUGGGUUAAAUAAUUGCCAGAUAAGUCACAGUACCCCGUUGUCAGUUCGCAAUCUACCUGCCGAGUCGCACACACCCUCUCCAUAUUCCAGUCAAAACAGUCAAAGUAAUAUGACUGGUCCCUUUGACGGCUCCACCAACGCGAACACGGUUAAUCCUUUACCUCCGCCGCCUUUACCGCCUAUCUUUCUCGAUGACGAGAAUUGUUAUAAUAAACUGCCACCGAAAUUCCCCACAUGGACGCCUCCGAAUGAGAGUAUUAAGGAACCAGCCAAAUGGGAAGAAAAAGGCAAAAAUAGUAUGAAUCCUUCAUGGCCUGGCGAAUGCGACGAUAAAAAGAGUCCGUGGAUGGAUGGCGAUGGAGAUAGAUGGGAUUCCAAUAACGAUUCCACAUGGUCAGUUAGUGGCAGGACGAAAAAUGACAUGCUAUCCGAGACUCCUGAAUCGCCGCCUAUGUAUGAAAAAGCUGGCUUCGCCGAACCGGUGGAAUAUAACGAACCACAAGCACAAGAAUCUCUAAAUGCUACAGGAGAUGUAGAUCAUAGAGUGAUUCCAAUCCCAAUGACUCGCGAGAAUCAGCUACCAUAUCGUUUGAUGAAAGCAGCGGAUGUAGAUCAUCGCAAUUUGAUCAGUCUUACUGGCAGCCCAGCGAAUCACCAUAAUCUUGGUGAUUCGUCGUUAUCUUCUUUGUCCAAUAACAAUAAUCUGUGGUCUACGGGCGAUCAGGAUUAUCGGCGACACAUGCAACCUGGUGAUAAUGUCGAGAGUGUUGAUAUGGAAAUGUCGGAUGAUGAGACCGACAGUAAGCCCAAGGGCAGGGUUCUCGUCGAUCUGAGGUUACAGGAUCGCGACAUGCGUGUCGGUGCACCACCAUCAUCUCAUCAUGACAUGGAUAUGCGUAUGAUUCCUCUUCCCAUCGGUCAAAUGCCUGGCCCACGCGAUAAUCAACUCAUGCAAGAUGUACACUUGAUGCGUGCGGGGCCACCUCCACCACCGCCAUUACCACAAUUUCAAUCUCAGGGUGGUUUUCGCCAAGAACAGCCGGUAGAUUUUCACUCGAAUCAACCGAAAUUUCAGCAAAACAGACCGCCAAACUUCUUACGGAAUCAACAGGAUUUUCAUCCAAAUCAACAAGAAUUUCACCAGCUUCAUCAAUCGCAACAAGAGUUUGAAUAUUGCGAUAGAGAACACAAUAUCCGUUCCAAGCAGGAUUUUUUGACGGAAUCGCCGGGACGCGGGAGAUAUUCACAAUCAGCGGAUCCUCAACAUCAGCAUGAUAAUCCAUCUUUUCAUAGAAACGAAUGGAAUAAUCGUGGUGGUCGGGGAUUUUUAAGAAAUCGUCGAGACAGAUACUCGGAGGAUCACAAUGUACAAAAGCGAAAUAAUUUAGUAAACAGCCGCAAGUCGAGAUCACAGGAUCAACAGCAUCAUCAGUCACCGCCAGAACCCAACCGACCAUUAUUACAACCACCUAAUACCGUCAGCGUUUUCGAUGACGAGAAUAUGCCGACUGGCGUGCCGGAAUUUGAAGAUAACAAGGUACUGCCUAAUAAAACAGACACUCAAACAGAACCGGAACGUGAUUCCGAUACCUGUCAAAGUUCUUCAACAUCGCGGCGGAUUUCACAUGACACACCGAGUUCUGAACGCAAUCAACAGCAACAGAAUUACCAGCAGCUGGAUUCCGACCAUGAGCAGCGGGCAUCAUCUUCAAUCGAACCGGAGGAUCAAUCAUCGUCGAAAAAUCAAGUGACAGUUAUUCCGAUAAAGGCGGAUAACAUCGGUGAUGAGCUGCAACAGCAUGUUCCUAUUUCAGAAUGCGAGGAGCAUGUUGAAACGACCGAGCAAUCGGAAUCCGAUCUCGCGGAAAAAACAAGUGCUACUGACGAGUUGGGCAAUCAGAGACAAGACAUAAAUUCUACGGAAAAGGAAUUGAUGGAUGAAUCCAUGAACUCGACUACAUUAGGUAAAGAUAUGAAGAGAACGGCGAAUGGCAAUUGCGACGAGCAAGGUCAUGAAGAAGGAAGUCCCAGCAAAAAGAGAAUUCUCUUACAGAACGGGCCACAGAACGAUGAUUCGUUUGGUCCGAACGGCCCCACCACGCCGACGACGGAAUCACAUCCCGUUGUCAUGUACGAUUUUGACGGACCAAACUUCCGGCCGCGUAUCGGCGCACCUUUCCCACUCUGGCGAAGUGGACCUCCCCCACCUUCCAGAGGAGGCAGAGGAGGUUUCAGGGGCGGUCCGCUACCGCGGGGACCGUGGAUGGACAGGGGACCGCGUGGUCCCGUAGUCGGUAAUUUCUCGCCGAGAGGACUGAAACGCGGAGGCAAACAAUUUUGGGGUGGCGGUGGCUUUAGAGGCCGGGGACGAGGCAGUAAUUGGUAGAUAAGCGAAAAACUUUGAAAGACUCUACGAUUUUUUCGUCAUCGAAAUCUGACCGAAUAUAAAUGCAGAGCGUCCAGCAGUCUGUAAAUAAAAAACCGCACACACUUCGGUAUCCAUAUGCUGGCGCGCGCUCUCACAUUCAUUUACACUUUACUUAUAUAAAAAUAGACAGAUUCGGCUGGUUUUGAAUGGUAAGAAUUUUGAAAUUAAGAUUCUUCACAUUCUCUUGUGCGAUUGAUUCGCUCAUAUAAAUAUAUAAAUAACAAAAACUAUAUAUAAAUAUAUAUAUA